GCGCGCUCGCAAGCAGCGCACAUCUGGAGCGAGCUGCGUCCGAGUGGCCAUGACUCCGUUCGGAAGAAACUUCCUGAAAGCACGCUUGAAGAGCAGGAGUGAAGGCAAAGACUCGCCUGGAAAGGAAAUACAAGUGUGGCUGUGUCACGAGGAGAAGGUCAUUUGUGGGCUCACAAAACGUACUACUUGCUCCGAUGUGGUGCAGGCUCUGCUGGACGACCACAGGAACAUUCCGGAACAUGACAGGGUUCUGCACGGAGAAGCCAGAGACUACUGCCUGCUGGAACGGUGGAGGGGGUUUGAGCGAGCACUCCCGCCACUCACACGCAUCCUGCGACUGUGGGAGGCCUGGGGUGAAGAGAAGCCCGUGGUCCAGUUUGUGAUGGUGAGGGUCAGCGAGUGCCCCCCCCACAGCAACAAGAAGGCAUCCAGGUACAGCAGCUUGCGGAUCUGGUCGAAGCCAUGGCAGCAGGAGCCUACAGAGUACGUGCAGUCCCUGCCAGUGAACCAACAAAAGCGCAUAGUCAAAAAAGCGUUCCGGAAGCUGGACAAGAUCAGGAAGCAGAAGACGAGCAGCAGAGCAGAUGGGAUUGACGAAAUGGUCCAGCUGAUCAUAGCUCAAGACCACAUGAUUCAUCAGCAAAUCCAUCACAUGAGAGAGUUGGACUUGCAGAUCGAGAGAACUGAACAGAACCUGCAGAGAGGGCUAGAGUUGAAGAGGCUGGAUUGGGGUGACUUGUCCCUGUUGGAUGAGGCCCAAGAUCCAUGCAACCAGCAGGAGAUGACCGAGCAACAGGAGUACCUGUACACCAGCAAUGGAAUCAACCAGCUAGAGGUGCAGCUCAAGAAGCACUGGGAGCUUAUUGGAAAGUUGUCCAGUGACAUUGACACUGAACUACUGAGGUUGCUGUCUGGCACAGAGGAGCCACAGGGGGCGACAGCUGCUAUCAGUGCAGAGCCUGGUGACCCUCAAGAUUCUGAUCAGCUAGAGGGCAUCAGGAGGGACCUGGAGCAGAGCAUGCACCGGGACGUAUUCUCAUGGGCACAAAUGGACUUGGAACGCAGCGAGUUUUGCUGUAAUAGAGGAGAGUUUAAGAGGCUCGUGGCAAUGCUGAGCUCCCUACAUGUCGGAGGCAUUGAGGAGUCCAUCAGGGUUGAGGAUUCACGGAGUGAGCCAAGAUGCGGCAGCAUGUUGGGAAAGCUCAGCCUGAAUUCGUCCCCCUGGGAUGUCACAGACACGGACUCGGAUACAGGAAUAAGCUCCACCCACAGUCAGGAUUCACUGUCCCCUUGCAAGAAGAGACCUCCAGCUCUGGACACUAAUGUGUGACCAUCCUUCAUAACCAAUGGAGACAAGUAUUGUCUGCUCUUACUAUUUAACUGCACUAGAAUCUUUGUGGCAUUAAGGAAGGGAAAGCCUUUAUACUUCCUCUUGUUUGGGGGUUUAAGUAAUUAGCAGUUUUCACAUAUAAUCAUAUGCAUAUAUAUUACAGUAUAUACAAAAGCUACUGUGUGUAAAACAUGAAGUGUUUUAGGGAUUAAAGGUUUUUCAUGGCAAUCAUGUUUAUACAUUUAUAUGGUUUA